AUGGAAAACACUUCAUUGCUGAAUUCCACGUCUGCUUUUGAAAACACAGACUCGUAUUCAGGCCUGUCUGACACGGCUGGAAACAUAUUCCAGCUGAUUGUACAGAGCAUUGCUAUCCUUUUCGGCACACCUGGCAACUGCCUCAUACUCCGUGUCUACUGGACAAAGACUCUGAAAACCAGUACCCAUGUUCUGAUCAUGGCCUUAGCCUGGGCCGAUCUGACCGUCUGCGUGCUGGCUGUGCAUCGUAUUUAUGAUAAGGUUGCUGAAAUGGCUGGCUAUGAGGUUCCGCAGUUCACAUUUAUUAUUUGGGCUCUUGGGACAACAGCCAUCGGUACGUCGAUUAUGAUGACCGCUGUGAUCGCAGCGGACCGCUACGACUGCAUAUGCCGGUCACACCGCCGGUUCUUCACCCACAAACGCGGCAAGAUAGCAGCUGGGGCAGCAUUUGUAUUCUCACUAGUCAUCAAUAUUCCUGCCAUUAUCCCAAGAACCUCCGCCAGUGAGCAGUCUUUGGAACUUUUGCAGUUAGCAUUUCAGGCCAUUUGCUUCGUCGUUGCGCUCGUGAUGAUCGCCCUGUGUUACGGCAAAGUCUACACGACCAUCAAGAAACACACCAAAGUCGACGUCAAAAAUGCUACUCAAGAUUGUGGCGUCUCGCGAUUAGCCGAGGAUUGCUCGACAAGGCUGCAGGAUUCCGUAUUAAAAAAUGUCGAACAGAAUAUUCCUGCCGUGGCUUUCAUGUCCACGGCGUUCAUAAAGAAACCAUGCCCGAGCACGGACACUGAUUUCAGCACAAUGGCACAAAGCAAAGGAGCAUCGAGCCACGAAAUCAACGAAUCUACCGUUGAAAAAAGUGGGAAAAAAUGGGCUACUCACCCACAAGCGACAUUGACCAAACAUGUCCUUGUGUCACAGACUACUGAAUCUUGUAGAGUGAACGGGACCACUGACCCUCGCCCACACCAAGGUGCAGGACGCCCGAAACCAAAGCCAGACGCAGCAGUUUUACAGCGUAAGACAACCAGGAUGCUCUUCAUCACCAGCGUUGUGUUUCUCCUGACCUGGCUACCCUACUGGAUUCGUGCUGCCGGUACAUUUGCUUCCUACUCCGACCCAGUGUUCCAUGUGAUCCUCGACAACCUGUCCAAUACUCUUUUUGUCAACAACGCCGUUAAUCCGCUGAUCUACGGACUAGCCAACAGGCGAUUCAGGAAAGACUGCAAGGCAGUUCUCAGCAAGAUAAAGAUCUUUUAGAAAGACUCGGUUCGUUUUCUUUACGCAUUUGAUGUCUGAAUUGUAAGCUUACCUAUAAGAAACCGCUUUUGACAAAAACAUAAAAUGAACAGAAAUAUAAAACAGAAUA